AUGGUUUCCGUCAAACCUGAUGCGCAGCUGAACCACAAACGGCCCAAGCUCGGGUUGCAGAUGUCGGCGGAGGCGGAGGGGGAGGCGGCGGCGAAUGCAUUCGCGUCCGAUGCAGCGCCGGACGAUGCCGAUGCCCACUCGCCGCUACCGCCAAUAUCCUUUGACCAGAUCAAGGCGACGGAGAUGAUACAAAGAAUUCACAACGAUGCGAGACAGUUGCUCCAAAACAUUCAGGGUUUGGUCGAUGGCACCUGUUCAAAAGGUGGCUGCGAGUGCGGCGAUUGCUCUAGGGAGACGACGAGCAGUAACUCGAGAAUACUAGCUGCGCAGAGUUUAUCAGAGGUCAUCGCCAGCAACCUGGAUGAUCUGGCGCUGCUGUCCUACAGAAGCACCACAGAUGCAGAUCGGCAACAGUCUGUGAGCCCCAGAGCGACCAGGAAAAGGCGCUCUUCCACCGUGGCGGCGUUUGAUCGCACUUCAAAAGUGGUAGGCUUCCUUUUCCCUCAGUAA